UUCUUCAUGUUCACUGGACUAAGAAAAUACUUGCAAAUUUUUCUUGGUGUGUCCGAGAACUUUUCAAAGUCAGGGAUUUUGCAAGGGAGAAAAUUCUAUAUUGCCUCAACUACAAUGGGACUCCUCACAAAGUGCUGCAUUUCUCUGUUUGAUCUUCAAUGUCAGUUUAAAACUCUUCUCUUCACCUACCCUCGCAAACCUCAUGGUAUGUGGUUCAACUGAAGCUGUUAUUCCAGGUGGCCUAAUACGAGAAUCUAACUUACUUCAUGGCUCUCCUGAGUUCUGCAUUCAAAACCAAAAUUUCCCUCGUUUUAUUACCAAUCUCUAAACAUUCUUGCUUCUUUUGUUCCAAACUGCCUUCUAACAGCUUAGUAAAGGAGCAAACUUUACUCUCAACAUUCAAGAAAUGUGUCACAUUAAAAGAUGUAGAACAAGUACAUGCACAAAUCAUUCAAUCUGGCCUUGACCAAAAUCUCUAUCUUAUGGGCAAGAUCAUUGUGUUUUGCGCAGUCUCUGACCGCGGUUCAAUGGACUAUGCAACCUCUGUCUUCAAGAAUCUUGAGAGCCCAGAUGGGUUUACUUGGAAUUCAAUGAUCAGAGGGUUUGUUAGGACAAUGCAAGUUGAGAAUAUUAUUGGGUAUUUCAAGAAAAUGCAAGAAACUGGGGAAAAGGCUGAUAAUUUCACUUUCUCUUUUUUGCUUAAAGUUAGUGGGCAAUUGGGGUCUGUUUUGUUGGGGGAACAGAUACAUUGCAGUGUUGUGAAACAUGGGUUGGAGGGUCAUGUGUUUGUGAGGAACACUUUGAUUCAUAUGUAUGGGAUGUUGAAGGAUAUCGACACUGCGCAGCAGCUGUUUGAUGAAAGGCCCGGUGGGAAUGUGGUGACUUGGAAUGUUAUCAUUGAUUGUCAUGUUAAUUGUGGUAAUUACAAGAGGGCGCACGAGUGUUUUUCCAGGAUGAGGAGGUGUGGUGUGGAGUUUGAUGAUGUUACAUUGGUUGCGGUUCUGACAGCAUGUUCUGUGUUGGGGAAUUUGGAUUUUGGGAGGUGGAUUCAUCGCCUUGCUGAUAAAGCUGGCCUGGGGAGCAAUGUUAUGGUUCUGAAUUCACUGAUUGAUAUGUAUGCAAAAUGUGGACAAGUUGAGGAAGCGUACAAGAUUUUUAGUGAGAGUAGCGAGAGGAAUUUAGUGACGUGGAAUUCAAUGAUAUUAGGAUUGGCAACGCAUGGCCAAGCCAGUGAAGCGUUGAAACUGUUCUCUACUUUGUUAGCUGAAAAGUUGCAGGUUCCUAAUGAUGUUAGUUUCCUGGGAGUUUUAUGUGCAUGUAGCCAUGGAGGAAUGGUAGAAAAAGGGAAAAAGUAUUUUGAUUUGAUGACAAGAGAGUAUGGAAUUAAAGCUAACAUACAACACUAUGGAUGUGUGGUUGAUAUGCUGGGUCGGGCUGGUUUUGUUAAUGAGGCUUACCAUUUUAUUAAAAGCAUGCCAUUGAAAUGCAAUGCUAUUGUGUGGAGGACUCUGUUGGCUGCUUGUCGAGUUCAUGGGAACAUUGAACUAGGAGAAGUAGUGAGAAGGCAUUUGUUGGAAUUGGAGCCAGAUCAUAGCAGCGAUUAUGUGCUUCUUGCAAACAUGUAUGCAGGUUCAGGGAAGUGGAGAGAUGUGAUGAAUGAGAGACAUUCGAUGUGGACUAGGGGAGUCCAGAAACCAAUGCCUGGCAACAGCAUCAUUGACAUGCAACCUAUUCAUUGAAAUUUGCAGCAGGUUUCUCUAUAAAGAAAAUAUUGUUUUUUUUCAAACAUAAUUCAAAUCUGAAAUCAGAAAACUGUGCAA